AUGAUGAUGAUGAUGAUGAUGAUUCGUGAUGAUGAUGAUGAGGAUGAUGAUGAUGAUGAGGAUGAUGAUGAUGAUAAUGGUGAUGACGAUGAUGAUGAUGAUGAUGAUGAUGAUGAUGAUGAUGAUGAUGAUGAUGAUGAUGAUGAUUCGGAUGAUGAUGAUGAUGAUGAUGAUGAUUCGGAUGAUGAUGAUGAUGAUGAUGAUGAUGAUGAUGAAGACGAUGAUUCGGAAGACGAUGAUGAUGAUGAUGAUGAUGAUGAUGAUGAGGAUGAUGAUGAUGAUGAUGAUGAUGAUGAUGAUGAUUUGAUGAUGAUGAUGAUGAUGAUGAUUCGGAUGAUGACGAUUGGGAUGAUGAUUCGGAUGACUGAUGAUGAUGAUGAAUCGGAUGAUGAUUCGGAUGAUGAUGAUGAUUCGUAUGAUUAA